CAAAUAAAAUUUCUUAGGUUGAAUGGGCCAGUAUCCUCGGAGCUUGCUCAAGAUUUUGCGAAACUUACACGGAUGACAAAGCUGGACUUUUCUAGACUCUUCUAUCCAAAUUCCCCCAAGUUUCUUGUCAUCCAACAGAAACCCUCUCCAAAAUCGAAUUCCUGACACGAAAUCGAGCCAGCCAAGCCAAGCUAAGCCAAUUGAUCAUGUUCGGCGUAGUCUUCCCCAACCGGAGUUUCCCUUUGGAUAUCUCCACCUUCGCCCAAAUCGACACUACCCACUGGCUUCUCGACAUGAAUCACUUCGUCGGCGAAUCAUACGAUUCCAUCCGCGAAAUCUGCAUUUUCUUGCUCAACAGUUUCACACUCCCGCCGGAUAAAGCCCUCGCCGUCUACAUCCAGUCCCCCGGCAGCGCUUUUCUCUUCUGCGGCGCCGUCACGGUCUCCCGCCCAUCCGCCGUGCUCUCGCUCCCCUGGCCGGAGCCAGGCAGCGCCGGCGUCCCGCAGCUGACGGCGGCCGAUGCGCAGCCACUGUCGGCGAAGAUCGGAGUGUCGGUGGAGGAUCUGGCGGCGUUGCCCUCGCUCGACGUGGCGGCGGAACGGAGGAUUGAGCGGCUGGCGUUGAAGGUUGGGGAGAAUUUGUUCAAUUUUAUGCAGUCUUUCUGUGGGGUGGAUGGGUCGAAGCUUGUUGUCCCCAUGGAUAUAUUGGACAGGUGGUUCAAGAAGUUCCAGGAGAGGGCUAAACGUGAUCCAGAAUACCUCAAAGGUUUUGCCUUGUAG